CGCCUCGUCACGCACAGUCGCGGCUCGAACGCCGUUCGAUGCGAACGUGUCGUUGUUACGGUCCGUCCUCGACCGCCCUCUCUGUCUACCUGUCUUUUUCUUUCACAUUUUUUCUUUCUCUUUUUCUCUCUCUCUCUCUCUCUCUCUCUCUCUCUCUGUAUCUCUUUCUUUCUCUCUCUCUCUCUCUCUUUCUUUCUCUCUCUUUCUCUCUCUCUCUCUUUCUCUUUCUCUUUCUCUUUGAUUAACCUGUCUCAUAUCAUCUUCCUUCUCUAUCUCUAUCUUUCUUCUUUUUUUCUCUCUUUUUAUUCUAUCCUAAUCAUCAACGAAGACUCUACGAGGGAUUUGUAUAUACGAGAAAAUAAUAACAAACAACCAUUGACAAUCUUGACUACUUUUUUCUCGAAGUUGUUCAUCGAACGAAAUACUAUCUAUAUAUAUAUAUAUAUAUAUAUAGUAUACAUAUAGAUACAGAUCGAAGGUGUGACUCGGAUUAACGAUCUUUCUUUCUUUCUUUUUUUUUUUUUUCGCGAGUGAUUAGUGACUUUAGUUUUCAUCGAGGAUCCCAGUGCUCGCGUUUCGUUAACAACGUUUGCUUACCUCUUCUCAUCCGAGAGAAAGAGAGACAGUUGCGUCGCGAGCACGUGUCUUCGUGUAAUACAUCCGAGAGUUUUUGUUAUGGAGUAUCUGGAAUCAGAGAUUCGUUCGUCUAUUAAAAUUUUUUUAACGAAUUAAACACGAUUUAUCUUAGUACCGUGUAAGUCUUUCGAAAUGAUCAACGUGAUAAUGUGAAUAUAUUUGACAUAUUUGAGAUUCUUCAUUUAGAAAGGAUCAUCUUGGAUCAUUCCUAUUGAUCUUUUCGAAUUCGUGAAAUAGAGAGAAGAAAGGAAGAAAAUAAUAUAUACAAGGAGAGAAAAGUUAGAGAUAAGGAAAAAAAGAAGAAGAGAGAAAAAAAAAGGAAAGAAAAGAAAAGAAAAGAAAAGAAAAGAAAAAGAUAAUUAUUAAAAUCGAAAGAAAAAAAAAAACGGAGGUAAACAAACGAACGGGGAGUGCUGUGUCUGUCAUAAAUGGCGGUGACUCGCGAGCCCUGGAAUGCUCGCUGAGAGCUUGUUCUUAGGAAGGGAAUGGAUUUUCAGAGCGCGAUGGACACGUUCGUCGAGGCAUGGAUGGCUGCUAACACAAAAAACGAUCAAGUACAGAGUCAAGCGUUGGCAUUGACGCAUAAGACGUCGCCACCUUCGAGACCUAGUAGUGUCUCGUCCUUACCAAGGAGUCCGCAGUCUCAUCAGUCUCAACAGUCGCAGCAACAGAGCACCCCUCAACCCCCGCCGAGCACGCAUCCUCACCAGUCGCAGACUCCCCUUGGCGCGUCCUCCCAUCAAACACCGUUCUCUGCUCACAAUCAGCAUCCAAAGCAAGAAAUUGUUGCGAGCCCGAAACAAGAAGGCUUUGACCUUAGCAAGUCAGCCUCCAGCACCGCUCUCAUCGAUUUCUCAAUUUUCUUUGUUACAGCGAAAAAUCUUCCGGUUCAUUGCGUCGUCGAGACAAUUCAUAACAUCGUCGAGAGUCAUGCUAGCAAUGCACGUGAAAAUUGGCGAAGACCCCAGAUCGAGACUGAUUCUUACGUAAUCAUUCCGGUUGCGAUGCCCUUUCAGGAUUUAGUAGGCGAGGCAUUGGUCCGGCUGGGUUACUCGAGCGAUUUGAUACCAAGCGCGAGAGGUAGCAUAGUGAUAAGAAACUGGAAACCUCUGCCGAUGGAAAAAGUAGCUGAAGGUCCACUUUUAACCGUUGGCGAUAUCCUUGCGGAACUUACUUCGGUAGCAACCUUGAAGAUUCAGGUUUACAGAUCGAGACCACCACCUCCUAGUCCCGCAGCCGAAGUUAGAAAUAAAUUGCUCAGGCUGCUUUUACUUCAUAGCCAUGCGCUUCUCGUUUCCGCAGGAUGUCCUUUGGACGAGAUGACACUGUUGUCGCUCUGUAGAGGCGGCAACGAUCUGUCGGAGGAGACCAAGAGGAAUUUUGAGUCUUGGCUACAGCAACAACAAUUGGGUCUUGGUCUGAAUCCGAUCGUACCAUCCUCGAAUCAUCAUCAUCAUCAUACUCAAAGUCCUCAACCAGAUGGUAGCGGACCAAUUGGCGCUGGGAGUGGUGCGAUUGGGCCACCACAUCCAGCACUUUUACAAUACUCUCAUAAAACACGUAUGAGAACUAGCUUCGAUCCAGAACUCGAGUUACCACGACUUCAACGUUGGUUCGGUGAGAAUCAGCAUCCAACACGACAACAAAUACAACAUUACGUGACGGAAUUAAAUUCGUUGGAGUCACGACGGGGUAGAAAACCAUUGGACGUGAACAAUGUCGUUUAUUGGUUUAAAAACGCAAGGGCUGCUCAAAAGAGAGCUGAGACCAGGGGUGUCAACGGUUACAGUCCACCAGGAUUGAGUCCAAGAGGCGCCAGUAUUGUUAGUGAAGAUUGUUCCGACGAGGAGGAAGACUCUAGGCAUCAGUCGACGUCACCGUCGCCCUGCCCACCUAGUAGCCCACCGGUCGGUCCAUUGUCCUUGACUACACGACCAGAGGAUCAACAACCGCCACCUUCGACGCCAUCUUUGGUCAAACAAGAGGACACCAGAGUAUCAUCUGGUUCCGAGGACGAAGAGGCUAGACCGACUGGUCCUCUUCCACCAGGAUUUUCAUUAGUACCCAGUCCAAUGUUCGGACACGGCAUUAUGUACAUGUCACAUUAUUUGCCACCACGUGGACCAGCUGGAUGUCCGACGAGUAUGCUCGACGAAAGGAGAAAGAGAAAUCGGACAUUCAUUGAUCCCGUGACGGAAGUACCCAGGCUCGAGACUUGGUUCACUCACAAUACUCAUCCGAGCCAUGCGCUCAUUCUCAAGUACACGGAGGAAUUAAAUCGAAUGCCCUAUCGUCAGAAAUUUCCACGAUUGGAGCCGAAGAACGUGCAGUUUUGGUUCAAGAAUCGUAGGGCCAAAUGUAAGCGAUUGAAGAUGGCCUUAUUCGAAGGAGAGUCACCUCAACAACAUCCAUACCACGCAGAUUAGUUCCUUUUACCUUAAUCGCAUUAAACUAGAGACACUCAGCUCAACUCUACUGAAGAAGGAGCAGAAGAAGAAGAAAGAGAAGGAGGAGGAGGAGGAGGAGGACGAGAAAGGAUUCGUGAAGAAACUCAAAACGAAUGCGAAUCGUGUUGUUAUAAGAAGAAAAAAAAAAAAAAAAAAAAGCCGAAUACUCGAAUGCACUAUUACUUUGAUCGUGUCGACACGCUGUCGGCCAUCUUUAUUGUAAUUAUAUCGCGUAAUGAUUAAUAUAAUUAACAUGGAAUUUGAUCAAUGUAAAUACGAGAACGAUGUCGAAUAAAUCUGUAUGUCACGAU